AGGUACAGUGUUAUCAGUAAAUUAGAUCAGCAAAGACCAAAUCCAGUAUUAAGAUCGAACAAUCAUGACUGUCAAAGUUGUGGCGUUUUUGUUGUGUGCCAUUUCCCUAUCUAGUCAGGUUAACGCUGGAUGUUUCUACUCAAAACUAUGUAAAUCUUGCUCGUUGCCAGCCCCACCACCAAAAUGCGCACUUCCACCACCACCUCCACCAAAAGCACCAGAACCAGUACCACCAUGUACUUUGUUACCACCUCCUCCACCACCUCCAGUGCCGUCGUUUCUAGUACCACAAGGAUACCCAGUGGGACAAUGCUGUUCAUGCCAGAAACCUAUAUUCGCCCCUGCACCUGCACCAGUAGUAGUUCCAGCACCUGCUCCUGUUGUUCCAGUUCAACCAGUUCAACCUGAACCUGUUGUAGCGGCACCUUCUCCUGCGGUACCAUGUUCUCCAUUAGCACCUCCUCUAGCUCCUGAAGUACCUUCUCCUGCACCUGCACCUUCGCCUGUUUUAACAUUAAGUCCAGCCGCACUGCAGGCUCUUCUGGGUAAUUUGGUUCCAUCGCAACUCGGUACGCCUUGUGCUAGUUGUAAUUGUAGUUGAGACUGAUUUUUUUGUCAAUAAACUGUG